AUGUGUCCCACAUCCAAUAAGCCAGUUAUCAUUGACACCUUGUCUCCAAAGAAUCCUCCCGAAUCAUUUCCCGAGUCAUCCUUUGGAAAUACAACAUGGCACACUCUCUUGUCUUCACCGGCCACUCCCACCGACUCCAUGAGCGCAGGAGUCGCAGUCUGCCCUCCAAACGGCACACUGGCCCUCCAUCGACAUAAACAAUCGGAAAUCUACUACGUCUUGGCGGGAACUGGGGAAAUUGAAAUUGACGGAAACCGAACUCGAGUAUCGCAGGGCAUGGUGCUGUGGAUACCAGGAGAUGCAGAACACGGGGUGUUUUGCAACGAAGAUGACGAGUUAAAAUGGCUCUAUGUGUUUCCCGAGGGUAAUUUUGAGCAUGUCAUUUACAGGUUUAGCCACGAAACAGGGGAGUCUAAAAAUCAAGCUUUAGCGAAGCUUUAA